CACUUUUUGAGUUUUUUUUUUUUCCUGGGGACACUUGGCUUCCCGGAUUCCAGAGGGACUCGGACCGCCGAGCGUAGAACGGGCGAGCAGGGGAAGAGCCCGGGUUUAGUGGAGGCUCACACGGAGGCGAGAACUUAUUCAACAAGUUUACCCCCCUGCCAUCCUCUUUUCGAUGUGCGUUUUCGGACAUGCGGAGGUUACUGGAACCGUGUUGGUGGAUUUUGUUCCUGAAAAUCACCAGUUCCGUGCUCCAUUAUGUCGUGUGCUUCCCGGCACUGACCGAAGGCUACGUCGGCUCCCUUCAGGACAGCAGACACAGCAGCUCCUCGCAGAUCCGUAGGCGCAAGGCCUCUGGGGACCCGUACUGGGCCUACUCCGGUGCCUAUGGGCCUGAGCACUGGGUGACGUCCAGUGUCAGCUGCGGGGGCCAUCACCAGUCUCCCAUAGACAUUUUAGACCAGCAUGCUCGAGUCGGCGAGGAGUACCAGGAGCUGCAACUUGAUGGCUUCGACAAUGAGUCUUCUAACAAAACCUGGAUGAAAAACACAGGGAAAACAGUUGCCAUCCUUCUGAAAGACGACUAUUUCGUCAGCGGCGCCGGCCUGCCAGGCAGAUUCAAAGCGGAGAAGGUGGAGUUUCACUGGGGCCACAGCAAUGGCUCUGCGGGCUCGGAGCACAGCAUCAAUGGCAGGCGCUUCCCUGUGGAGAUGCAGCUUUUCUUUUACAAUCCAGACGACUUUGACAGCUUUCAAACUGCCAUUUCUGAAAACAGAAUAAUCGGAGCCAUGGCCAUAUUUUUCCAAGUCAGUCCAAGGGACAAUUCUGCGCUGGAUCCUAUUAUCCAUGGGUUGAAGGGCGUCGUACAUCAUGAGAAGGAGACCUUUCUGGAUCCUUUCAUCCUCCGGGACCUCCUGCCGGCAUCCCUGGGCAGCUAUUACCGGUACACAGGUUCUCUGACCACCCCUCCGUGUAGCGAAAUUGUGGAAUGGAUAGUCUUCCGGAAGCCCGUGCCCAUCUCCUACCACCAGCUCGAGGCUUUCUAUUCUAUCUUCACCACGGAGCAGCAAGACCACGUGAAGUCAGUGGAGUAUCUGAGAAAUAACUUCCGACCACAGCAGGGUCUGAACGGCAGGGUGGUGUCCAAGUCCGCCGUCCGCGACGCCUGGAACCAUGACAUGACAGACUUCCUCGAUAACCCGCUGGGGACGGAGGCCUCUAAAGUCUGCAGCUCCCCGCCCGUCCACAUGAAGGUGCAGCCCCUGAACCAGACGGCGCUGCAGGUGUCCUGGAGCCAGCCCGAGACCAUCUACCACCCGCCCAUCAUGAACUACAUGAUCUCCUACAGCUGGACCAAGAACGAAGACGAGAAGGAGAAGACCUUCACGAAGGACAGCGACAAAGACUUGAAAGCCACCAUUAGCCAUGUCUCACCUGAUAGCCUUUACCUGUUCCGCGUCCAGGCCGUGUGCCGGAACGACAUGCGCAGCGACUUCAGCCAGACGAUGCUCUUUCAAGCUAAUACCACUCGAAUAUUCCAAGGGACCAGAAUUGUGAAAACAGGAGUGCCCACAGCGUCUCCUGCCUCUUCGGCCGACAUGGCCCCCAUCAGCUCGGGGUCUUCGACCUGGACCUCCUCGGGCAUCCCCUUCUCAUUCGUUUCCAUGGCGACUGGGAUGGGCCCAUCCUCCAGCGGCAGCCAGGCGACGGUGGCCUCGGUGGUCACCAGCACGCUCCUGGCCGGCCUGGGCUUCGGCGGCGGCGGCAUCUCCUCCUUCCCCAGCACCGUGUGGCCCACGCGCCUCCCCACGGCCGCAGCGGCCAGCAAGCAGGCCGGCAGGCCGGUCCUGGCCACCACCGAGGCCGUGGCUUCUCCGGCCCCGGAUGGCGACUCUGCACCGAGCAAGGACGGCGAGGGCGCCGAGGAAGGGGCAAAGGAUGAGAAAAGUGAGAGCGAGGACGGGGAGCGGGAGCACGAGGAGGAGGGGGAGAAGGACUCCGAGAAGAAGGAGAAGAGCGGGGUGACCCACGCCGCCCAGGGCCGGAGCCAGGCCGAGCCCACCCCCGCGCCCUCGUCUCCCGGUAGAACUGCCCAGGACGGGGGGCAUCAGACUAUACCUGGGCCCCAGCAAGACCGCACUGCCGUCCCCACUGACCAGCCCGAUGACACGAGGGGUGCCCGCCUGGACUCCGAGUCGGUCACCUCCACCCAAGUGCCCCCCACAGCCACCGAGGAACCACAUGAAGGGAGUGAUCACAAGAGUCCUGAACUGCCGUCUAAAAAGCCCGGGUCCCGAGGGGACCGCUUUUCCGAGGAUAGCAAGUUUAUCACUGUCAACCCAGCAGAAAAGAACACCUCGGGGAUGAUAAGCCGCCCUUCCCCGGGGAGGAUGGAGUGGAUCAUCCCCCUGAUUGUGGUGUCGGCCUUGACCUUCGUGUGCCUCAUCCUUCUCAUCGCUGUGCUGGUUUACUGGAGAGGGUGUAACAAAAUAAAGUCGAAGGGCUUUCCCAGACGCUUCCGAGAAGUGCCUUCUUCUGGGGAGAGAGGAGAGAAGGGGAGCAGAAAAUGCUUCCAGACGGCUCACUUCUACGUGGAAGACAGCAGCUCCCCGCGGGUGGUCCCCAACGAGAGCAUCCCUAUUAUCCCCAUCCCGGAUGACAUGGAGGCCAUCCCGGUGAAACAGUUUGUGAAACACAUCGGGGAGCUCUAUUCCAAUAACCAGCAUGGCUUCUCCGAGGAUUUUGAGGAAGUCCAACGCUGUACGGCUGACAUGAACAUCACCGCAGAACAUUCCAAUCAUCCAGAUAACAAGCACAAAAACAGAUACAUCAACAUUUUAGCAUAUGAUCACAGCAGGGUGAAGUUAAGACCUCUGCCGGGAAAAGACUCUAAGCACAGCGACUACAUUAAUGCGAACUAUGUCGAUGGUUACAACAAAGCAAAAGCCUACAUCGCCACCCAGGGACCUUUAAAGUCUACAUUUGAAGAUUUCUGGAGGAUGAUUUGGGAACAAAACACUGGAAUCAUCAUCAUGAUUACAAACCUUGUGGAAAAAGGAAGACGAAAAUGUGAUCAGUAUUGGCCGACAGAGAACAGUGAGGAGUAUGGAAACAUUAUCGUCACACUGAAGAGCACAAAAGUCCACGCCUGCUACACUGUCCGUCGCUUCUCAGUCAGAAACGCAAAAGUGAAGAAGGGUCAGAAGGGAAAUCCCAAGGGCCGCCAGAACGAGAGGGUGGUGAUCCAGUACCACUACACGCAGUGGCCUGACAUGGGCGUCCCCGAGUACGCCCUCCCCGUCCUGACCUUCGUGCGGAGGUCCUCGGCCGCCCGCACGCCGGAGAUGGGCCCGGUGCUGGUGCACUGCAGCGCCGGCGUGGGCAGGACGGGCACCUACAUAGUGAUAGACAGCAUGCUGCAGCAGAUCAAGGACAAAAGCACAGUGAACGUCCUGGGCUUCCUGAAGCAUAUCAGGACGCAGCGCAACUACCUCGUCCAAACGGAGGAGCAGUACAUUUUCAUCCAUGAUGCCUUGUUGGAAGCCAUUCUUGGAAAAGAGACUGAAGUAUCUUCAAAUCAACUGCAUAGCUAUGUAAACAGCAUCCUCAUACCAGGAGUAGGAGGAAAGACACGACUGGAAAAACAGUUCAAGCUGGUUACACAGUGUAAUGCAAAAUAUGUGGAAUGCUUCAGUGCUCAGAAAGAGUGCAACAAAGAAAAGAACAGAAACUCUUCGGUAGUGCCAUCUGAGCGCGCUCGAGUGGGCCUUGCACCGUUGCCUGGAAUGAAAGGAACAGAUUACAUUAAUGCUUCUUAUAUCAUGGGCUAUUACAGGAGUAAUGAAUUUAUUAUAACCCAGCAUCCUCUGCCACAUACUACGAAAGAUUUCUGGCGAAUGAUUUGGGAUCACAAUGCACAGAUCAUUGUCAUGCUGCCAGACAACCAGAGCUUGGCAGAAGAUGAGUUUGUGUACUGGCCAAGUCGAGAAGAAUCCAUGAACUGUGAGGCCUUUACCGUCACCCUUAUCAGCAAAGACAGACUGUGCCUCUCCAAUGAAGAACAGAUUAUCAUCCACGACUUUAUUCUGGAAGCCACACAGGAUGACUACGUCCUGGAAGUCCGGCACUUUCAGUGUCCCAAGUGGCCUAACCCAGACGCCCCCAUCAGCAGUACCUUUGAACUUGUCAACGUCAUCAAGGAAGAGGCCUUGACAAGGGAUGGCCCCACCAUUGUCCACGAUGAGUAUGGAGCGGUUUCCGCAGGAAUGCUGUGUGCCCUCACCACCCUGUCCCAGCAGCUGGAGAACGAAAACGCCGUGGAUGUUUUCCAGGUUGCAAAAAUGAUCAACCUUAUGAGGCCUGGCGUCUUCACAGACAUUGAACAAUACCAGUUUGUCUACAAAGCAAUGCUCAGCCUGGUCAGCACUAAAGAAAAUGGAAACGGUCCCAUGGCAGUGGACAAAAAUGGUGCUGUUCUCAUUGCAGAUGAAUCGGACCCUGCCGAGAGCAUGGAAUCUCUGGUGUGACUGCGACCCUGCCAGGGCACCUAAUUUGUAAAACUUCUGAAGACUGAGAACUUUUUUGAGGCCUUUUUUGCCAGACUCUAGGUUAUACGAUAACCCAGUUACUUUUUUACACUGAUAAAAGUUUUGAUAUUUAUUUUUUGCCAUUUUAUGUCUUAAUGGUAUCCUACUGAGCAUUUGCACCUCUGUUCAUCCCCCCCCCUCCACCCCCGUGAAACGCAAUUUGACCUAGUUUGCACUAUCUGAUCAGUGUUACUGCCUAUAACCUAAUACUAAAGCAAACCCUGGUGUGACAUUCCGUAACAACAUACAUGCUACUUUUUUAGUUCAGUACAGUGAAGGUCUUUGUUCUGACAGUGAAUCUUGGUUCUAUUAUUAUUAUUGCUAAAGCAGUUACAUUCUACUAGCAGGCAAUGCUGUAUUUUUCCUCAGCCCUCCUCUGCUAUUUUUUAGACAUUGUUCAGUACUGUAUGCCUUCUAUAUUUUAGUGGAUGAGCAUUGUUUUCUUUUAAAGAAUAGUAGGUUGUUGGGAGCUACUAAGAAGGUUGGUCGACCUCAUGGCCUUGAAACAGUUCCAUGUAUGAUGGGGAAGACAUCCAUUAAGAAACUAGAAGGUUUCAAAGUUGCUCCAUGUGAACAUCACCUAUUAGUUACGAACGUAUAUUCAUAGCUUAAAAAUGCCCAACUGUGUCAAAAUAAAGGAUAUCUCUGUAUUACAGUUUUCACAAUA